AAUUUCAUCACUCGCUCGGUGGUUGUGACAGGGAAAGAUUAUUGUGAUUGUGCCUGUGACACACACCGUGCUCAUCCUCACCCUUUCUUUUCGCAAUCGACGUUGAGGCCGUGAAACUCCGAAGAAAUUAACGGCUGCCGAAUAUCUGCAGCCACCUCGAGGUUCGUCAUGAAUACGUGAAUACACAAGGAUCGACGAGGGACGCGAAAAAAGGAACCGCAAGCUGCAAGGACAUCGAGACGCAAAAAUUGCAGGCUUUUUGAACGGACGUCGCUACGCCGGUGGCCUGAUGCAGACCCUAAGGAAGAAGAACAGUCCCUGCAAAUUCAAAAAUGAACCAACCCGGUUCCUCGGUGAAGGCGUCUCCUUCAAGGCAAAGCUGAUCGGGAUUUUGGAAGUCUCCGAAGCACGCGGAGACCGGAUGUGCCAGGCCGCCCUGGCAGAUCUGAAAAUGGCAAUCCGGGCGGCAGGUGAGCACAAGCAAAGAAUCGCUGUUCAGGUCAGCAUCGAGGGUCUUCGACUCCGGGACGAAAAAACAGGGCGGCACCUUGCAUGGCACUCAGUUUUGCGGAGAAUUUCAAUUCCGGAUUGCCUUUAUCAUCAUCCCGUUCACAAGAUAUCCUUCAUCGCUCAGGAUAUGAGCGACUCGAGGGCUUUUGGUUACAUAUUCGGAUCACCGGACACGGGACAUCGAUUCUUCGGCAUCAAAACCGACAAGGCAGCCAGUCAGGUCGUUUUGGCGAUGCGAGAUCUAUUCCAGGUCGUUUUCGAUCUUAAGAAGAAGGAGAUCGAGCUUGCCAAACAGCACAUCGAACAAAAUGCAAUCAAAUUUCGGAGCGGUAUAUUCGUGGAGCCGGCGCCUGAUACGAAGGGUGCCGCCGGAAGCGAGGCAGUCGCUCACAGGAUAAGGGCGCUUAAUUCAGAGGCGGAAAAGCCGGCGGAGCGAAAGCCCGAGGUCCAGGGUGGCGUGAUAGCCGAUCUCCUCGAUCUGCAGUUCGAGCUGAACUCACUGCAGCAGGGAAUCCAUCAGAUGGAUAAAAUCACGCCGGACAAUCCAAGGCCGCCAUCCGAAGACCCCUUCGAGACUGACCCGUUCGGUGAUUCGUUCGCCAACAUGAAGCUUUCCGAAAUGUCUCAGGCGAGGGAAACCGUUCAGCCAAUCCUCCCGCCGCCACCAUCUUCUACGAAAAGGGGACACCUUGAACGACAACAAACUGUUCCUGCCGUCACCACGUCAACCACUUCCAGUCCAGCCACCACUUUAGCUAGCAGAACUCCACCACCUCAGGGCUCCGUUCACUGGUUUGAUAAGGAAACUGAGAACCUAUUUAACGAGGGAGAGCUGUCCAGUCUUGCCAUGAAGGCUGCGGCUGGAAACCAUAAUUCCUCCGGGGAUAAGGAACGGGAUUCUACAUCGUUGAGCGUGACGCCAACGCUUCGAAAGAGUCCGCAGAUCGACGUGUUCACGGAGUUGGACCCGCUGGGAACGGGUCUGAUAAAACCGUACGUGGACAAGAAAGACUUCUUCCAGCAUUUGAAGAACCCGCCGAAGAAGGUGCUGAAGGACCUGGUGACGACUACCUCAGGUGACACGUUUCCGGCGAACUUCAACCUCGCUCAAGAUCCUCUGGAGCCGAUUCCCGUGCAGGGAGCGCCGCUGGGAAGUGGAAGCGAAGGAUUUGAAGACAGCAACUUCGCGGACUUCAACAGCUUUGAGACCGCUGACCAGAUCCUGGUGUCCAAAACCGACUCGCCGAAAGCACGCCGUAUGAGUUCGCCGCGAGCCCUGCACCUUCAACCCCUUUCAGUAUCGCUUCCACCGGAAGAAGUGCCGCCGACGAAGAGUGUCAGUAAGUCCGAGUCUAAGGAGUCGACGGAGGGCGUUCAGGCUUUGGUGAGGCUUCCCAGUCCUAAGAAGUACCUGCAGUCGGUACGGAAGCGGGAGUUCGACAUUGAUCUGGCCGGAAGUCGGGGCCAGUCCGUGGACCGGCCGUUUCCGGUCGAUUUCACGUCCAAUAACGACUCCCCGGCUUCACCGUUACGCUCUUGUUCCUCGGACGCUAACUCUCGGCUCUCAAGCUCGAGCGCGGAGCUUGAUAUAGUGCCAGAACCACCGCCUCGUGGCGCCGGAAGCAUCCUAAUAAACCCGCCGCCACUUCCGCCGAAGAAGCAAGGUGGAAGGAGCGUCGUAAAGCCGCCGCCAAGGCCACCUCACACCGAUGGUCACUUCCAUUAUGACUUCAUUGAGCGGAAGGAGGCCUCACCGUCACCGACGAGGAAGGACCUGCGAAAGAGUCCUGGGGGCAAGGACAUCAGGAACAGAUUUGACGACGACUUUAGUCCUCCACCUCCAGCUCCACCUCAGCUCCCGAAGAGAUCGGACCUCGUGAAUGCCUUCCCGACCGCCAAGUUCGAGGACUCAUUCACGACCAUGGCGCCAACCACCAUCUCGUCUCUGCUGCAUAGCGGCUCGACGACCACCACCACUAGCGUAACCGAAACUCAGAAGGCCAAACCCUCCCUCGAUAUCACCCUUAGCCAGUUGACGUCUACCAAUCUUGGUGACCUUGCCAACGCUCUCGGGAUGAACGUUACGGAACUGACAAGUCUCACUCUUCAGGAACUCACCAAGUGUCUUGCCUCACUCACGGCUAAAGAGAACGCAGCAUCUGAAGCCAAGGAGCGAAAGGAGCCCGAAGUACCGGCCAAGGUGUAUCCUGUCAAGCAGGCUGAAAGCUCCUUCGUUUUCGGGGAACCGCUUUUCAAAGCCGAUUUUGAUCAGGGUAUCAAACAGACCGAGCAGAACGCCUACGACAAGUACGCUGUCUUUAGGGAACUCUUGGAACUUGAACAGCAGAAACAGGAUCGCGAGGCUAGUGAGGAAGAGGAGAAGAGGCGGGAUAUGGAUGAACCGGAAGUCGACGUGGAAGAGGCUGACAAAGUCCAGACGGAAGAGGAGAUGGAGACGGAGAGGACGUCGCCCGACCGGCUGGAAGAUGAUCAGAAGAUCGUUGAGAACCAGGACAAGAACUCGAUCAUCCCGAAAUGUUUGACCGUUGAACUACCACCGAUCGUUAAGCAGGCUCCGAAGGCCGAGGCUGAGGACGAUGACCUUGACGAUACGAUGAACGGCUCUACCGAGGAGAAAGAGGAUUCGAAAGAAGAGGACGAGGAGCCAGUAGGUGAACGGGAGAAAGAGGAAAGCAGAGUGGAGGAGAUGGUUGGAUCAGCGAAAGAAGAGACCAAAGUGGAAACUGAUAAGGAGGUGGAUUCGAACGGGGUCGAACAAGCGGAGGAGCCGGAAAGCAAAGAGGAUCCGAAGAUUGUGAUGAUGGAAAAAACGGAGACAAAAUUAUCGAGCGACAGAUACGCGGCCUUGCGAGAAAUAAUCGAGGAGACUGUCGAACAGACGACAAAAGAGGACAGAGAGGAUCAAGUAGAGGAGACGAUGAGCGGAAGUCCGUCGCAUACGUCGAAUACGGGGUUCAAAUCCACGCCAGCGAGUGUCGAUCUGAUGAGCCUCUUCUCAAAGCCGCUGACGAACUCCCUCAGGAAUUCUCCAAGCAGCCCGAAGAAGGUCGCAGACAAAAAAGAAGACGACCUGAAGUUAGUCUCGAUGGAAAUUUUCGAGGAGGUACUGAUCAGCGGCGGGACCCAGAAGCUGAGCUCGAGUCAGCCGACGGUUGGAAGCACUUCCGGGUUCGAGGACACCUUCUCCCCUUUUCCGCCCGCUGAGGGUAAGCCUGAAAAGGACGAUGGCAAGGACGAUGCCAACUGGGCAAAAUUCGACUCCAACGUCUUCCAUUCGGACAAAUCGUCCGGCGAGGGUGCCGGAUCCAUCGGAGGUACGUCGCCGUGGUCUCCCGAUGGCAAGGAGUUCCAAGUCAAGGACGAGCCACCCUUCAAACCAGCCGUUAAUCGCAACUCCGGGGACAGUGACAACGAGUGGAAAGACGAGGAGGAGAGCGAGGGCAGCAACGGACGGCCUAGGGACGACGCUUUCUGGGGGAGCGGUGGCAAGCCACCACCACCUCGACAUCAGGCCGGGUUUGAGGACCCGCGGGGCUACUACGAUCACGGUAGCCCACCACCUCCGGGGCCCGUUGACAAGGAAAGGGGCUUCCGGGAACGCCCAGUGCGCAAGGGGCGCGGUUCGUCCUGGGGAAAGGGGGCGCACAGGUCGAGGGACGUUUCGCCGUGGCACGAGGAGCAGUGCAAUGUUGGCCGGUGGGAGGACGAUCACCGAGGACUGCGCUACUCGCGGAAGAUCCCGUACAAGGACCACUCAGGUGGCGAAGAGGAGCCUUACAAAGGUCACUGGAAAUGCCGACCGAAGCAGAGUAGCAAACCGCGUCCAUGGAGCGGGGACCGAGAGGGUUUCUGGGCGCAGGAUCACCCGUCCUACGAGGAGGAGCGCAAGCGCAGAAUGGCGCUGUGGGCCGAAGAGGAUCGGGACCGUUUCAGCAGCCAGGAGAGCAUGGGCUACGACGAGGACGAGCGGUGGGCCCGACGCUGGUCGAACGAAUACGAGCGGCGGCGGUGCCGCGAGGAGGAGGGGGGCCGGUUCUGGGGGCGGCGGGGGCCUGAGACCGAGUACACCUACCCACGAGAGCCCUACCGCCUCCACGAGGCGGGACGAUGCUGUAGCCGCGAGCGACCUCGUGACUACGCGCCGUCGGGGUGGGAGGACGAGUACGGCGAGGAGAGGGGGGAGGACUCGCCGCGCUACUCGGCCGCGCGCAAGCGCGUCUGGCCCAAACGGCCUAACAGCGCGACGGAGAACCGAAACGCGGAGCCGAGUUACGUGGAGCCGAGGCCGAAGUACGCCGUCUCGCGCUCCGAGUGCAGCGACAACGAUUCGGACGCUUACAUGCAUCGGCCGCGGCGUUCGCGCAGCCGCGAGAGCUACUGGGGCAGCGACCAGGAGUUCGAAGGGUGGCCGGAGCGCUGCUGGUCCGAGGGGCCCGACGGGCCCCCGACGAAAAGCGAUACGCUGCACCGGCGCAGGAUGAACCGGCACAAGUCUCGGGCGCAGACUAAGUCCCAGGGGUCACCGUUCGAGGACGAUUUUACCCAGGAACCAGGGGAGACGUCGAGCGAUCCCUUCGUCGCUACGGGACCGGAGUCUCGUCUCACCGUCGACGUCGAGCAGCAGAAAAUCCCGGUCGAAACUGCUGCCCUCAGUCCCCGAGGUGGUAGUAAGGAUCAAGCCUUGAGGAGGGAGCCGAGGUCCUACAAGCGGAGCGGUUACCGGCACUCGCCUUUCGAGGACGAACUCACACCGACGGCCAGCGUUUCGAGUGACACCUCCGACCGGCAGAGGCUUGGUUCGGACCUUAAAGCCACCCCCGAGGAACUCCCGAGGGACACCAAGGACCCCUUGUCUGCCGAUGGUUUUGUCUCCGAGGAUAGCGGGAGGGAUUCAUUUUUUAACGGUGAUCCAAGGUUCGACGAUGACGCUUUUAAUUUUAAAUCUGAAUUGGACGAUUGCGUACCCGAACGCGCUACUACUUUACCACUCAAAAGUUCCCGCCAAAUGAAGUGCUCCGCUGGCGGGAAAAUCAAAUCCGAUAUGCAGUACAUAAAGAAAUCCGAAUCCGUUAAUAUAUUUGUUCGCGAAAGCGAUCCUUUCGACGAUGAUGAUUUUUUUAACUGAUCCGAAUGCGUUUACGGUAUUUAAUAACGGUAGGUUUUUUUCUUUCUCUUUGUUUCUUUGUUUUGUAUACUUACGAAAGGACUGAAGAUAGUAUCGAGGAUUUGUUU